UUUAUGCAUAGUGCAACUCCACGCACGUUUGUAUUAUAAAUAAAUAAUAUACAGACUUAUAACCACAUUACUGAUCACUUUUGAAUAAAUCUAGCAUAAAGAUUACAGGUGUCUGAUCAUAAUAAAUAGCAUAGAAUAAAUACUGUGCAAUGUGUAAAUGCAGUUGCGAUUUCGCAUUGUGUGCAUGAACGCAAUGUGGCUUUCCGUCGUUAACGGAUGGUAUAUUUGCAAACUUCCAAUAUGUCAUGUAAACUUUAUCCACUUCCGUUUAUGAAAUGAAUUGAAAGUUUGAAAAUGUCAUGAUAUUGUGAAAUAAGCGAUUUACAAAUUAUGAUACUACACCGUGAACACACUGUAGAUAGAAAGGAAUUGUAAAACAGAACGGUGUACUUUAUUUAUUUGAAUUAAGUAUGCAUGGUUUUAUUUAGUUUCUUGGUGGUAAAAAAUGUCCACAUCAGAGUCUGUUGUGGGAUGUAUUAGUGAAGUUACGCUUGCAAUUAGUAAAGCAAGGGGUUCUCAGUCGGGCAAUGUGAGAGUACUUGACAGUCCGGACUCUGAUGGAUCUGGCCAUUCGAAUUCAUUUACUGUACAGCGAUUCAGUUAUCCUCAAAAUGACAAUGCAAACUCAGACAUUUUACAUCCCCCACUGACUGGUGAAGAUUUGAGAAUACCAAUUGUCGGAUAUGAAGUUAUGGAGGAGAGAGCUAGAUUUACGGUGUACAAGUUACGUGUAGAAUUAAAGAAUGGAGACUGUUGGUUUGUAUUUAGAAGAUAUACCGACUUUGUUCGUUUAUUAUCACAAUUAAGAAGGCAGAAAGUACCAGUUGUACAUUUAAGUUUACCAAGAAAAAAGUGGCUUGGCGAUAAUUUUGCCCCAAGCUUUUUGGAAGAAAGAAUACGUGGUCUCCAAGCAUUUGUUAAUGGAAUAUUAAGCAGUCCUGUGCUUGUAGGAACUGCAUGUGUUAGAGAAUUUUUCUGCCUUGACGAGCCACCUGCUUUAUCCGAUACAGCCGAGGAAUCUAGAGCAAUUUUUGAAGCAUUAGAAGAUACUAUUUAUCACUUAAGGCAGCAAUUAAGAGAAAGGGAUUCAGCCCUUGCAGCUGAAACAGCUUUAUGCAAUGAACUGCAGAAAAAACUACAUCAAAUCCUAAGUGAAAGACAAACGUGCCCUAAAUGUGGUGCAUCACAAUAACAUUUCGUUAUGAUUUAUAUGUAAGUUAAUUUUAAUAAGAUAUGACGUACUACAUAGAGACUGCUAUGAAUAGAUAACUCCACUAUUUCUGUUACAUUACUGCGUAUAAAAAUUUGUUAUAUCGAGAAAUUGCUAAAGAUGAUUAGCGAAUUUUAUACAUUCGUCUACGUACUUUUUAUUCUAUUGACUUAUACAAAGCACCUUAACUUUUACGUGAAGUGACAUGUGUAAGAUUUCUUAACGUAAUAUAAGUACAUUGAGCUUUCCUAGCAUUAAACAUCCAUCUUAAGUUUAAGAAACCUUAAAGAGGUGCCUUACAGUUUACGGUAUAUGCUCCAUUUUACAGUCGAACUAGCGACUUGACUACAUACAAAUAUAUUCCAAAGAGCGUUAAUCUUUGGUAUUUGAUAAAAUUUUAUAUAUUUUGUAAUGUUCUACAUGUUAAUAAUUAUGAUGUUUAUACAACUAUAAUUGACAUUAAUAAUAUUUAUUGUUAUGUUAUUGUGAAAUAUUAAUUUAAUUGAAAUGAUUGGUAUUAAAAUAUUA